GAGAGAGAGAGAGAGAGAGAGAGAGAGAGAGAGAGAGAGAGAUGGAUAAAAGUGUGUGUGCUUCGUCUUUUUUCUCUCCGAGUCUAUCGUUUUCUUUCUUCACUUUCUCCGUUUUUAUCGUUUCUCUUCUUCUUCUCCAAAUUGAUGGCUUUUUAAGGUUUCCCCACUCGAUCUAAUCUAACCUAACGCUCCUUCAUUAACUUUCUUCAGACAGAUUACAAUAACGUGUAAUAUACAAGACACAGAAACAUCAUUGAUUCCGAUCUCAAGUUUUGUCUUUUUGAUUUCAUAUACACAGAUACAUAGAUAACAAACACACAUCUUUGAUCAAAUGUCUGGACUUUGGAGAUUGAGGAAUCUAAAGUCUCUAGCUUUACAUGCUCGUUCGAUUUCACCUGUUUCCAAUCUUUAUUCUCUGGAAUUAGGAUCAUGCCCUCGUCGUCGUAUUCAAGAACGAUUCAAAUCGGAACAAGGCGGCGGAGGAGGAGGAGGAGAUGAUUUUCCGGUUCCGGUGACUCGUCGGAAGUUAAGAGCAGAGCCGAAUUGUCCUCGUUGCUCAAAGCAAAUGGAUCUUCUCUUCUCAAAUCGUCAAUUUCCAUCUUCUAAUCUUCUUCAACGUCCUGAUGAUUCUGAUUCCUCCGGUGCCGGAGAUAAAACGAACUUCCAGUCUGUUAAUUUCUGUCCGACUUGUAAAACUGCUUAUGGAUUCAACCCUCGUGGUGUCUCUCCUCUUCAAGGGACAUUCAUUGAGAUCGGUCGUGUUCAAUCUCCAACCACUACUACCACCAAUGCUACUACUUCCAAAUCCACCAGGAAACAACAACAACAUUCAAAGGAUCCAAAUCAAGGAUUCAAUUACAGGAACAAGCUUAGAUCUUCCUUUUGGGAUACACUUAGAUCUUACGGUGCUGAGCCACCUGAGGAUUGGUCUCCUCCUCCUCCUCAUUCUCCUUUGAACUCUUCUCCUCCUAAUACCAUUCCUGUGAACGCUUCUCCUAGUGCCGUGGAUACUUCUCCUUUACCUGAUGCAGUUAAUGACGUUAGUCGAUGGGGUGGUGCUGGCCUUGGCAGAGACUUUCCUACUCCAAAGGAGAUUUGUAAAUGGCUUGACAAGUUCGUCAUUGGCCAAAGCCGGGCUAAAAAGGUGCUCUCUGUCGCUGUGUAUAAUCAUUACAAGAGAAUUUAUCAUACCUCUAUGAAGAAAGGGUCAGCAGCACAACCAAUUGAUGAUGACGAUAAUGUAGAAUUAGAUAAGAGCAAUGUUCUCUUGAUGGGGCCUACUGGCUCUGGGAAGACAUUACUCGCAAAGACUUUGGCGAGGCUUGUAAAUGUUCCUUUUGUCAUUGCUGAUGCAACUACACUGACUCAGGCUGGUUAUGUGGGUGACGAUGUUGAAUCAAUCCUUCAUAAGCUACUAACGGUCGCUGAGUUCAACGUGCAAGCAGCACAACAGGGAAUAGUCUAUAUUGAUGAAGUUGAUAAGAUAACUAAGAAGGCUGAGAGUUUAAACAUUAGCCGGGAUGUUUCUGGGGAAGGUGUUCAACAGGCACUUUUGAAAUUACUGGAAGGCACUAUUGUAAAUGUUCCAGGGAAAGGUGCAAGAAAGCAUCCGCGGGGUGACCAUAUACAGAUAGACACAAAAGAUAUCCUAUUUAUCUGUGGAGGAGCAUUUGUUGACCUUGAGAAGACCAUUGUGGAUAGACGACAAGACUCAUCAAUUGGUUUUGGAGCUCCUGUUCGUGCCAACAUGGCUACCAGUGGAGUGACCAGUGGUGCAAUAACUUCAUCUUUGCUAGAAUCGGUUGAGAGUGCCGAUCUGACAGCAUAUGGCCUUAUACCGGAGUUUGUAGGACGCUUUCCCAUAUUAGUUAGUUUGUCAGCUCUGACAGAGGACCAGCUCAUUCGGGUGCUUGUAGAACCCAAAAAUGCUCUUGGGAAACAGUACAAGAAACUAUUUAGCAUGAACAACGUAAAGCUGCAUUUUACUGAGAAAGCGCUGGAGAUAAUAUCCAAGCAAGCAAUGGUGAAAAAUACAGGUGCGAGGGGACUAAGAGCCUUACUUGAAAGCAUUCUUACCGAAGCCAUGUUUGAGAUUCCAGAUGAUAAAAAGGGAGAUGAAAGAAUCGAUGCGGUUAUAGUAGAUGAGGAAUCAACAAGCUCAGAAGCGUCUCGUGGAUGCACAGCAAAAAUACUUAGAGGAGACGGUGCUUUCGAGCGUUACCUCAGCGAGAACAAGUCGAAAGAUGCUACAGAACCAAUGGUUGACGAAAGAGUAGGCUCGGCGAAAGCAAUGAGAUUGUAAAGAGAAUGAGAGAAGAAGGGUUUUAACAUGAAGAGUUUUUUUUUUAUUAUUUGUAAAGAACGAUAGCAUUCAUAAAAGUGCAAGAGGAAUUUAUCCACUCUGUACAAUAAAAUGUUAGCUUACAGAUUCGAAAGCUGAAUUGUUGUUACAUAGAAAGAAAAGAAUAGGAUCGGUGUAAAAACAACAUUUUUGUAACUCUCUCUGUUUCAAAAUAACAAAAGUGUUAUUAGUUUGUCAGUUCAUGUUAUUACAACAUUUUUUAGUCAAUCUCGAUAAUGUAUCCAUUAGUUAGGACCCCAACAGCUCAAGAACAUAACCGUUCUAAGUGACUCUUCAGAUUGCUUUGACUUGUCAUCAUCCUUACUAGAAGCGACGGCGAUGGAUGAAAAGAAUCUGAUAGCCUCAGAAGCGGAUCUCAUGUUGUUACGGAUACGUUAUUCACUGAUCGGAUCAAGUAGUUCCACCGAUACAUUCCUAAUUGGUCCUUGGAAGCUUCCACGGCUCCGAUGCUUGCAGCUACUAACUAUGCUUUGCUCGUUGAACAGUUGAACUCAUCUUUUUUAUUAGAAACAAAAGCAGAGAAACUAUUUGCUUUUUGUUUUGUUUUGUAUAGAUUAUGAAUUUGUGUUUGUGAAAAAUGUUGAUGAAGAAGAUGAGACUCUGAUUAGUCUUGUUAUAUAAUAAGAGAAAGUAGCCG